UCUCUCGCUGGCUCGCUCACUCUCUGUGACCGAACGCUGUCCCAGUACCUUGCUGGGACCUCUUGCCUCGGGUGCUUACCAGAGCGUUGUCCCACAGACAGGGGGGAGGAGGCGCUUGGUAACCGGCGCUGGCGAGGUGCGCAGUGCCCGGACGUCCCCCACGCUUCCUAGCGGGAACUGGAAACCCCGGCUUGAUGGAAGUGAUUACUGGGAGCUGUGAGCAGUUGCCCGAAAAAAAGCCAACCCCAACCCCUUGCGAUGGCCGAGUGGGAGUAUGGGCAUUGGAUACCCGGAGAGGAUAUCUGCAAGGGGCACCUAAAAGGAAGACAGCUUGCAGGGUUGGACUUUGCCUUCCAGGGAAACUGAAAGAGGUGAAGCCGGAAGGAUUUCCUCGCUAAUGAAGGCACAGAUGCCAGUAUGGACAGAAUAGCUUAUGAUGCUUAUCCCUACCCACCACUUCCGAGACAUUGAGCGGAAACCAGAAUACCUCCAGCCAGAGAAGUGUGUCCCACCCCCCUACCCUGGUCCUGUGGGAACCAUGUGGUUUAUCCGUGACGGCUGUGGCAUCGCCUGUGCCAUCGUUACCUGGUUUCUGGUCCUCUAUGCGGAGUUUGUGGUCCUCUUUGUCAUGCUGAUUCCAUCUCGAGACUACGUGUAUAGCAUCAUCAACGGAAUUGUGUUCAACCUGCUGGCCUUCUUGGCCCUGGCCUCCCACUGCCGGGCCAUGCUGACGGACCCCGUGAGAACCUGCAUGGAAAUGGCCUUCACUUUGCUUGGGCGAGGUGCAUCUUUUCCUGAAAAGCUGGACAAGCCUGUUUCAGGCCGCAGCAAGUGCCUCUUGGGGGCAGUGCCCAAAGGAAAUGCCACUAAAGAAUUCAUCGAGAGUUUACAGUUGAAGCCUGGGCAGGUGGUGUACAAGUGCCCCAAAUGCUGCAGCAUCAAGCCCGACCGAGCCCACCACUGCAGUGUUUGUAAGCGGUGCAUUCGGAAGAUGGACCACCACUGUCCCUGGGUCAACAACUGUGUAGGCGAGAACAACCAGAAGUACUUCGUCCUGUUUACAAUGUACAUAGCUCUCAUUUCCUUGCACGCCCUCAUCAUGGUGGGAUUCCACUUCCUGCAUUGCUUUGAAGAAGAUUGGACAACCUAUGGACUGAACAGGGAAGAAAUGGCAGAGACUGGAAUCUCUCUUCAUGAAAAAAUGCAGCCCCUUAACGUCAGUUCGACAGAGUGCAGCUCAUUCUCUCCACCCACCACGGUGAUUCUACUCAUCCUGCUGUGCUUUGAGGGCCUGCUCUUCCUCAUUUUCACAUCAGUGAUGUUUGGGACCCAGGUACACUCCAUCUGCACAGAUGAGACGGGCAUUGAGCGCCUCAAACGAAAGAACCAGCCCAGGGAGCACACGGGGAGCUGGCAGUCAGUAAAGGAGACCUUUGGUGGGGACUUCUCCCUGAACUGGUUCAACCCCUUCUCCAGACCGUGUCAGCCAGAGAUCCCCAGUGACAAAGACAUGGUGCGGCAGGUGACAUCGCUGUCAGACACCGAAACAAUGGAGGAUCCAUCAGAGGAGACAAAGGACGAGGACUCUGUGGAGGUGACAGAUGAAUAGAUGCUGCUGUGGGGAGAGAAGCUAACACUAAAAAGUGCUGUCAACCUUCGUCCUGGGGUUUUGGCUAAAGGGGCUCAUGGGCAUGGUGCGCUCCCAGCACCCCCAGCGCUUCCCUGAGCCACUCACUUGGCCUUGCCAUUUCCUGUAACCCCCUCCUUCCUCUCUCCAUGUUGGGCCAGGUCUGGGGGUCGGGAGUAGGCUGGGGACAUCAGAGGAGGAUGGGGGCUUUCUCAGCGUUCAUCUAAGAAGAGUCUGCACUGAGAGGACUCAUCAAGAACCAUUCUCCAAGACUGGGUGGCUUUCACAUUCUCCGCCCAGCAAAGGGAGCUUUUGAACAGGGCAUCCCAGGGGCAGAAAAGAGCUUGCCUUUGGCUUUCCCCAGGAUUUCUGUCUUCUCUUGGGAAGGCUGGGGCCCUGGCUCCUGGCUUUGAGAAGUAAGGUUGUGACAGAAGGACCGGGCAGGGCUUGCCUUGGGGACCUGGGUUGGGACACUGACAUCAGGGGAGACUAGCCUGGAAAGACUGCAGAGCUGCCAGCCACUCCCUGGAAAGGGCUUCCCCAUGCUGCCUGCCGAAAUUAGGAGGUAGAGGUGGCUGCCACAUCUACCUGCAAGGGCCAGGCAUGGUUCAAAGAGGACCCCGCAUUAAGCUCUACACACACAUGUGCAGGACAUGCCCAGCAUGGACAGGGCCAGAGUUAAGACAGUAGCACCGAAAAUGAGCCCCCAUUCCACAGACACUGGAGUCUUCACUGAGCGAGACAGCUGGGAGCUGUCCUGCCUGUGGCUACAUAUCUAGUCAUUCACAGAUGUGGAUACGGGAAGGACCUCUUUGGAGCUACUGGGGACUCUCUAACCACUCCCAUGAGAACUUAAUUGAAUGUUACCUCUUGGAGGGAGUCUAAUAACACAUGUAGGUAGAACUGACCAUAAACCCUGCUUGUAUGUUUGAGGCCAGUUCUCCCAAAUUGGUGCCCAUCUUGUCUCUCUGAAAAGAUGGGUGAUGGCCAGGGCCUGCUGAUUGAUGAAUCAGAUGAAUCAGGAAGAUAGACAAACACACACACACACACAUCCUACCAGGAUGAGUCUGCCCUCUAUUCACCCCAUUUGAAGCCUGUGGUGUCUAUGACCACUGCUGAAGGUCUGAGCAGCAUUCUGGUGCUCCUAAACCCCAUUCCAGUGGUUGCUGAAGUAGCAUCUUCUGCACAAAGCCCAACAGAAGGGUUCUUAUCCCCGUUUGGUAUAAGAAGUGGAUUCACCACCCACUCCCUCCACGUGCCUUUGUUCCUCUCUUUGGCCCAUUUCCCCAGCGUCUGCUGGUGUCAGGAUUGGCAGGGGCACAGGCACUCAGCAGAGCAUGCCCCUGCAAGGCCUCAGUGUCAGGGCCCCCCUUCCAGCUCCAGGCAAAAGGGCAUGAGUCCUGGCCUCAAGGGGCCUGUGGCUGCAGUUCAGAGGAGAAGAAGGUCAGUGUUUGGAGGUGCAGCCUCAGGACGCUGAGAAAGGAAGCUGGCAACCAUGAGAAAGAAAGCCAAGCAGCAUCCUGGUUCUUGGACAGCAUCUUUGGACACUCUUUGAAGGGUGACGAUCCUGCCAGAGACCGUCUCUCUACAACUGAUGACCCACUAGGGCCUGGGGUUAAUUGCUCAAAGGGCCCAGUGUUCACAAAGCCACCUCUGCCCUAACCUUUGCCGGAGCUCUCCAAGUAUGACCCAUGAGAGGGGUGAUGGUGGGAUUCUAACAUCAACAGAGCAACCAGAAAGACAUUGGGCCUCCCACACUCAGGCUGCAGGCCCACUUUCUUGGUCCUUAUCAGCUUUAAUAUUUAUUAAUGACAACACAGGAGCCCGAGUCAGCUGUAAAGGCCAUCAACUUGCAAUCUGGACAGGAAGUUGACGCUCACCACUUUGGGUAAGAGCUGCUCUGACUAUAGGGCCCCUUAUUUGUUGUCCUAACCCAGAAGCAGCUCUGGGCUGCCAGGAUGGUGGAUGGAAUACCAAAGAGUUCACACUAGGGAGGAAGCAAUGCCUGCCCCCUGGAGUCUCCUAGGGGGCAGCAGUUAGAAUAAGGGAAGAGGAUUUGCUGGUCACUGUUUGCUGACAUGGGUCUCUAUGGUGAGUUCAGGCCUGAGGACAGGGGUGUCUGCAAAACCACAUGGCCCUUGAGAAAUGUCCUUGCACAUUGGGCUUCAAACUCCUCUUCUAGGGAUCCAUCUUGGCCUGAAAGCAGAGGUACAACACCAGCCCCAAAGACAAUUCUGUUUUCAGAUUGGUUGCUCUGGAAAGGAAGGCUGGGGUGAGGGGGCAUUUUACCUGCACAGAGGCUGACCUUGCCUCCCCUCAUCACUGACCCCAUCUCCAAGGUAGACCUCAGCCGUGUCAGUCCCUGUUCUGGGAGGUGGUGGGCUGGGCCACAGCCAGGGUUAUGUAGGUAAUUAACCUGUCCAACCCUGAGCCUUGCCUCCCCACACCAGCGACACAGUGGUCUCUCUGUGGUGACCGUCACAGCAUAACAUUCUGCUUAGCCUCAAACUGAAAGCAUUGCAACUGAUGUCAAAACCAGAUGAGAUCUUACAGGGAGAGAGAUUGGGUGCAAUUUGCCUCUUUCUUUGAAUAAAAAGCUCUUUGCUCACCCUCA